UUUAGUUUAUUAUGCAGUCAUAGUCACGGUGUAGGCUAAACAAAGUAAUGUUGUCCUGAAUAAUGUAUAGAACAUGCACCCCCCCUCCCCACACACACACACACAGUGUGAUUCAUUGAACACACACACAUAGUACUUCAGAUAUGUCCCACAACCAACAUUCAACCAGAUAUCAAUGAUUCAGUGUAAAAUACAUGUACUGUAAAAUAAACCGUAUUUAAUUUACAACCAAUAAAAUAAUACAUGAUGCAGGACACUCAGUUAUAAGGGAAUUAACUGGUUUAACUUCUCAAACAGAAACACACACAUUUCCAUUUUCUGUGGAUCGCCCAUGUUUACAUUUUACUGAAUGCUAGUCUGACCUUUGACCUGUAGAUGGCAGUAAAGAUUUACUUUUGCUGCAGAUCCACUUCUAAAGCUCAAACCUCUCUGGACAAGGAGCCGAAACAUUUGUCCCUAGUUGAGAGAGAGAGAGUGAGUGUGUGUGUGUGGCAAAAAAGGGAAUAUUGCACUACACUUUUAUGAUACAGAUACAUUUUCCAUUCCGUAGCAUAGCACAGCUGUAGUUUUUUCAAAUGCCAAAUGUACAUGUAGCAUGCUUCUGCCUACAGAUGCUUUUCUGAGUGACUUGUGUUGUGAGAGAACCACAAUUCAAACAUAAACUCUUGGAUUACAUUUUAUAAUAUUGUUAGCUCUUUUUAGUAACAUAUGGUAGCAUACAUGUUUCACACGGUGGCAAGUCAAGCUAGUUAGUUACAUGUAACAACAUUACAUUAUAUGGUCAAUGUUUGUGUGUAUCCUCUUAGCUUUUACCUUCGACAUCAACAAGCGACGCACGGGUAUUUUUGCUCUGCAAUCUCCUAUCCCCAUCGGUUUCACUGGGAAGACUUCCGGUGGUGUGUCAUGGCGGCAUGGUAAAGCUUGCUCAAAGGGAACAAUAACCAAACCGUACUGUCAUCUUCAGACGCCGGUUUUGGGACUUAUUUCAGGCCUAACAUCGCCACUAACGUCCACAUUCGUCUUGGAAUUGCAAGCAGUCAUUCACGGUUUCCAUCCGCACGGCCAUGGCGGCACAUAAACCAGUGGAAUGGGUUCAGGCGGUGAUAAACAGAUUCGACGAGCAGCUUCCUGUUAAAACGGGACAUCAGAACAACCACACCAAAGUCAGCACAGAGCACAACAAGGAAUGUCUCAUCAACAUCUCUAAGUACAAGUUCUCCCACGUCAUCAGUGGCCUCACGAACAUACUAAAAAAUGUGAACAACAUGCGGAUAUUCGGGGAAGCUGCUGAGAAGAACCUCUACCUCUCCCAGCUGAUUAUCCUGGACACACUGGAGAAGUGCCUGGCAUCGCAAUCAAAGGACUGCCUGCGUCUGGACGAGACCAUGCUGGUGAAGCAGCUGCUGCCAGAGAUCUGUCACUUCAUCCACACGUACCGCGAGGGCCACCAGCACGCUGCUGAGCUCCGUGCCUCCGCCUCAGGGGUCCUCUUCUCCCUCAGCUGCAACAACUUCAACGCUGUUUUCAGCCGCAUCUCCACCAGGUUGCAGGAGCUGACAGUCUGCUCAGAAGACACUGUGGAUGUGCACGAUAUAGAGCUCAUGCAGUACAUCAACGUGGACUGCUCCAAACUUAAAAGACUGCUCCAAGAAACGGUAUUAAAAUUCAAAGCCCUGAAGAAACCUGCCCAACUUGCCGUCAUUAACAGUUUGGAAAAGGCCUUUUGGAACUGGGUAGAGAACUACCCUGAUGAAUUUACCAUGCUCUACCAGAGACCACAGACAGACAUGGCAGAUGCUGCGGAGAGGCUGUUUGACCUGGUGGACAGCUUUGCUGAGAGUGCCAAGAGGAAGGCAGUGGUGUGGCCUCUACAGAUCAUCCUCCUCAUCCUCUGUCCCGAGAUCACACACAUCAUCUCUCGAGAAGUGGUGGAGGAGAGCAAGGCCAACAAGAAGCUGUUCCUGGAGAGCUUGAGGAAGGCUCUAGCAGGCCAGGGGGGCAGCAAGCAACUAACAGAGAGUGCAGCCAUCGCCUGUGUCAAACUGUGCAAGGCCUCCACCUACAUCAACCGGGAGGACCACUCAGGCAUGUUCCUCCUGGUGCAGUCCAUCGUGGUGGACCUCAAGGCCCUGCUCUUCAACCCCACCAAGUCCUUCUCUCGCGGGGCAGGCAGCCAGAACGCAGACGUGGACCUCAUGAUCGACUGCUUCGUCUCCUGUUUCCGUAUCAACCCUCACAACAAUCAGCACUUUAAGGUCUGUUUGGCCUCCGCCUCCCCCUCUACCUUUCACUUUGUCCUGGUCAACUCCCUGCACAGAAUCAUCACCAAUUCUGAUCUGGACUGGUGGCCUAAGAUUGAUGCAGUGUACUGCUACUCUGGAGAGCUGCGACUAAUGUUCUCAGACACUCUGAGCCGAGUGAUGCAAGGCCUUCACACACAUGCCCCACUGCGCAUGACGUCGACUCUGUCAUUUAAAGAGAAAAUGACCACCAGCCUUAAGUUCAAAGAGAAAACCACAGACCUGGAUACACGCAGCCACAAGUGCCUCCUCCUCGCUCUGGUCAAACUCAUCCACGCUGACCCCAAACUCAUGCUGCACAACCCAGGGAAGCAGGUUCAGGAGACCCAGAGCAGCACAGCAGAGCUGAUCACAGGCCUGGUGCAGCUGGUGCUCUUGGUCAGUACAUCCCAGCUUUCCCAGGAGGCCAUGGAGGCUCUGCUGGUGCUGCACCUGCCUGAGACUAUUGACCUGUGGAACCCUCAGGCCCCCAUUGAAACCUUCUGGGACAUCAGCUCCCUAGUUGUCUUCCUGAUCUGCAAGAAGCUGAUUGGUCACCAGAUGGUGAACAGUACAGAGGUGUUGAAGUGGCUGAGGGAGAUCCUUAUCUGCAGGAACAAGUUCCUCCUAAAGAACAAGGAGUGUGCCACGCAGGGCAGUGGAAUCCCUAUCUGCAGACAGGCCCAGACCAAACUGGAGGUGUGUCUAUACAUGUUUCUGUGGAGCCCUGACAUCGAGGCCGUGCUAGUGGCCAUGUCGUGCUUCAGACACCUGUGUGAGGAGGCUGACAUCCGCUGUUCCGCUGACGAGGUGCUCGUCCAGAUCAUCCUGCCCAACUACGCCACCUUCACAGAGUUCGCCUCCGUCAGCAACAUAAUGGCCACCGGACGUUUCACCCUGCAGAAGAGAGUGAUGGCCUUGUUGAGAAGGAUAGAGCACCCCACUGCAGGAAAUACUGAGGCAUGGGAGGACACGCAUGCAAAAUGGGAGCAGGACACCAAACAGAUUCUGAACUUUCCCAAAAACAAGGUGGAGGAUGGUCAGGAGUGGAUCAACAUGACAGGCUUCCUGUGUGCUCUGGGUGGGGUGUGUCUGUCCCAGCACAGCAAGGCCUGUGGCCCCACCACCUACAGCCCCCCCAUGGGCCCCAUGAGCGAACGCAAGUACUCUAUGGUCUCUGUGGGCGUCUGUGAGGUCUCCAACGCUGCAGCUGGAGCCUCAGCCACCUGCUCCUCCUCUUCCUCCACUGAAACCCCCCUGGGCAGGUUCCUGGACCGCCUGCUGGUCCUGCUGGUAUGUGGUCAUGAGAGGGUGGGUCUACACGUCCGCACCAACGUCAAGGAGCUGCUGGGGCUGGAGCUCAGCCCGGUCCUGUACCACAUGCUCUUCAACAAGCUAAGGAACAGCAUCGGAAGCUUCUUCGACACACAGGGGCCGGUCCCCAUCAAUGACACUAACACACAGUUUGUGGAGCAGACCAUUGCCAUCAUGAAGAACAUACUGGAUAACCAUGCUGAGGGCAGCUCAGAGCACCUUGGACAGGCCAGCAUAGAGACCAUGAUGCUCAACCUGGUCAGGUACGUGCGUGUCUUAGGCAACACGUUGCAUGCCAUCCAGAUGAAAACCAAGCUGUGCCAGCUGGUGGAGGUGAUGAUGGAGAGACGAGACGACCUGUCCUUCUGCCAGGAGAUGAAGUUCAGGAACAAGCUGGUGGAGUACCUGACAGACUGGGUGAUGGGCACCUCCAACCAGGCUGCUGAUGACGAUAUCAAGUGUCUGACCAGAGACCUGGACCAAGCCAGUAUGGAAGCGGUGGUGUCUCUGUUAGCUGGCCUGCCUCUUCAGCCAGAGGAGGGAGACGGGGUGGAGCUGAUGGAGGCCAAGUCCCAGCUCUUCCUCAAGUACUUUACCCUGUUCAUGAACCUGCUGAAUGACUGCAGUGAGGUGGAGGAUGAUGGCCAGCCGGUGGUUGGAAGGAAGAGGGGCAUGUCUCGACGCCUGGCCUCCCUCAGACACUGUACUGUCCUGGCCAUGUCCAACCUCCUCAACGCCAACGUGGACAGCGGACUCAUGCACUCUAUCGGUUUGGGCUACCAUAAGGACCUGCAGACACGGGCCACCUUCAUGGAGGUUCUGACUAAGAUCCUCCAGCAGGGGACAGAGUUUGACACACUGGCAGAGACUGUGCUGGCAGACCGCUUUGAAAGGCUGGUGGAGCUGGUCACCAUGAUGGGAGACCAGGGAGAGCUGCCCAUCGCCAUGGCACUGGCCAAUGUGGUGCCAGGAUCCCAAUGGGACGAGCUGGCCCGUGUGUUGGUGACACUGUUUGACUCUCGCCACCUGCUAUAUCAGCUGCUGUGGAAUAUGUUCUCCAAGGAGGUAGAGCUGGCUGACUCCAUGCAGACUCUCUUCAGAGGCAACAGUCUGGCCAGUAAAAUCAUGACCUUCUGUUUCAAGGUUUACGGGGCAGCGUACCUACAGAAGCUUCUGGAGCCUCUACUUAAAGGGGUCGUCACCACCCCAGAGUGGCACAACAUCAGCUUUGAGGUGGACACAACCAGACUAGAACAGUCAGAGAACCUUGACGAGAACCAGCGGAACCUUCUUCAGAUCACAGACCGGUUCUUCCUGGCCAUUAUCAACUCCUCCAGCGAGUUCCCGCCACAGCUACGCAGUGUGUGUCACUGUCUCUACCAAGUGGUGAGCCAGCGUUUCCCCCAGAACAGUAUAGGGGCGGUGGGCAGUGCCAUGUUCCUGCGCUUCAUCAACCCUGCCAUCGUGUCACCCUACGAGGCAGGCAUCCUGGAUGAGAAGCCCCCACCCAGCAUAGGGAGAGGACUAAAGCUCAUGUCCAAGAUCCUCCAGAGCAUUGCCAACCACGUGUUGUUUACUAAAGAGGAGCACAUGAGGCCUUUUAACGACUUUGUGAAAAGCAACUUUGAUGCAGCCAGGCGGUUCUUCUUGGACAUAGCUUCUGACUCUCCUCCCAGUGACUCAGUCAACCACAGCCUGUCCUUCAUCAGUGAUGGCAACGUUCUGGCCCUCCAUAGGCUGCUGUGGAACAACCAGGAGAGGAUCGGACAGUACCUCUCCAGCAACAGGGACCACAAGGCAGUGGGCAGGCGGCCGUUUGACAAGAUGGCCACCCUUCUGGCCUAUCUGGGGCCCCCCGAACACAAACCUGUUGCCGACACCCACUGGUCCAGCCUCAACCUCACCAGCUCCAAGUUUGAGGAGUUUAUGACCAGGCACCAGGUCCAUGAAAAAGAUGAGUUUAAAGCCCUGAAGACCCUCAACAUCUUCUACCAGGCUGGUACCUCCAAGAAUGGCAACCCUGUCUUCUACUAUAUUGCUCGCAGGUUUAAGACAGGCCAGAUCAACGGAGAUCUUCUAAUCUACCAUGUGCUGCUUACCCUGAAGCCUUACUACGCCAAGCCCUACGAUAUCAUAGUGGACCUGACCCACGUGGGUCCCAGCAACCGCUUCAAGACAGACUUCUUGUCCAAGUGGUUUGUUGUGUUCCCGGGCUUCGCAUACAAGAACGUGACGGCGGUCUACGUGUACAACUGCAACACAUGGGUGAGGGAGUACACCAAAUACCAUGAGAGGCUGCUGACAGGCCUGAAGGGCAGCAAGCGGGUGCAGUUCAUCGACUCGCCAGCACGGUUGGCGGAGCACGUAGAGGCAGAGCAGCAGAAACUCCCAGCGGCCACCCUGGCCCUGGAAGAGGACCUAAAGGUGUUCCACAACGCCCUCAAACUUGCCCACAAGGACACCAAGGUCUCCAUCAAGGUGGGCUCCACGGCCGUCCAGGUGACAUCAGCAGAGCGUACCCGUGUCCUGGGUCAGUCGGUGUUCCUCAAUGAUGUGUACUAUGCCUCUGAAAUCGAGGAGAUCUGCCUGGUGGACGAGACCCAGUUCACCCUGACCAUGGCCAACCAGGGAACACCCCUCACCUUCAUGCACCAGGAGUGUGAUGCCAUCGUCCAGUCCAUCAUCCACAUCAGGACGCGCUGGGAGCUCUCACAGCCAGACUCCAUCCCCCAGCACACCAAGAUCAGGCCCAAAGAUGUGCCGGGUACCCUGCUGAACCUCGCCCUGCUCAACCUGGGCAGCUCCGACCCCAGCCUCAGGUCUGCAGCCUACAACCUGCUGUGUGCCUUAACCUGCACCUUCAACCUGAAGAUCGAGGGCCAGCUGCUGGAGACCUCAGGCCUGUGUAUCCCUGCCAACAACACUCUCUUUAUAGUCUCCAUCAGCAAGACGCUAGCCGCCAACGAACCACACCUCACUCUGGAGUUCCUGGAGGAGUGCAUCUCCGGCUUCAGCAAGUCUAGUAUAGAGCUGAAGCACCUGUGUCUAGAGUACAUGACCCCCUGGCUGCUCAACCUGGUGAGGUUCUGUAAGCACAAUGACGACGCCAAGCGCCAGCGUGUCAGCGCCAUCUUGGAUAAGCUCAUCACCAUGACCAUCAACGAGAAGCAAAUGUACCCCUCUAUACAGGCCAAGAUCUGGGGCAGCCUCGGCCAGAUAACGGACCUGCUGGACGUGGUGUUGGACAGCUUCAUCAAGACCAGCGCUACAGGAGGCCUGGGCUCCAUCAAGGCUGAGGUCAUGGCUGACACGGCUGUGGCUCUGGCCUCAGGGAAUGUCAAACUGGUCUCCAGCAAGGUGAUUGGCCGGAUGUGUAAGAUCAUCGAUAAGACGUGCCUGUCUCCCACGCCCACCCUGGAGCAGCACCUGAUGUGGGAUGACAUCGCCAUCCUGGCCCGUUACAUGCUGAUGUUGUCCUUCAACAACUCUCUGGACGUGGCCACUCACCUGCCCUACCUGUUCCACGUGGUCACUCUGCUGGUGGCCACCGGCCCCCUGUCCCUCCGCGCCUCCACACACGGCCUGGUCAUCAACAUAAUCCACUCUCUCUGCACCUGCUCCCAGCUCAACUUCAGAGAGGAGACCAAGCAGGUCCUGAGGCUGAGCCUGACAGAGUUCUCCCUGCCCAAGUUCUACCUGCUGUUUGGCAUCAGUAAGGUCAAGUCUGCUGCGGUCAUCGCCUUCCGCUCCAGCUACCGCGACCGCUCCUUCUCCCCCGGGUCCUACGAGAGGGAGACCUUCGCCCUCUCCUCCCUGGAGACCGUCACUGAGGCCCUGCUGGAGAUCAUGGAGGCGUGCAUGAGGGACAUCUCAGUGUGUAAGUGGCUGGACCAGUGGACCGAGCUGGCUCAGAAGUUUGCGUUCCAGUACAACCCGUCCCUGCAGCCCAGAGCCCUGGUGGUGUUUGGCUGCAUCAGUAAGAGAGUGACCCACAGCCAGAUCAAACAGAUCAUCAGGAUCCUCAGCAAGGCCAGCCCCCUGCUCAGCAUAGACCGGGGGCUGGAGAGCUGCUUAAAGGGACCUGAUAACUACAACAGCCAGGUGUUGAUUGAGGCCACAGUCAUUGCUCUGACUAAGCUGCAGCCCCUUCUCAACAAGGACUCCCCCAUGCACAAGGCUGUGUUCUGGGUGGCUGUGGCUGUGCUGCAGCUGGAUGAAGUCAACCUGUACUCUGCUGGGACAGCCCUGCUAGAGCAGAACCUACACACUCUGGACAGCCUGCAAGUUUUCAAUGACAAGAGUCCAGAGGAGGUGUUUAUGGAGAUCAGGCGUCCUCUGGAGUGGCAUUGUAAACAGAUGGACCACUUUGUGGGCCUCAACUUCAGCUCCAACUUCAACUUCGCACUGGUGGGACACCUGCUCAAAGGCUUCAGACACCCGUCCCCCACCACGGUGGCUCGGACGGUGCGUAUCCUCCACACGCUGCUGGCCCUGGUGGGAAAACACCUCAACUGUGACAAGUUUGAGGUCAACAGCCAAAGCGUGGCCUACCUGGCAGCCCUGCUCACCGUGUCAGAGGAGGUGCGUAGUCGCUGUAGUCUAAAACACAGGAAGUCUCUGUUGCUGUCUGAGAUGGGCAUGGAGAACGUUCCCAUGGAUGCCUACUCUCUGCACCACACUGACCCCAGCUUCAGGACACUGAGAGAGUGCCAGCCGUGGGCGUCUCCCAAGGUGUCAGAGCGCUAUCUGAAUGCCUACUACCCCACGGUGGGGCAGAUGAGCCCCCGUACACGCAAGUCCAUGAGCCUGGACAUGGGCCAGGCCUCCCAUGCCAACACCAAGAAGCUGCUGGACUACAGGAAGAGUUUUGAUCACUUGAUAUCGGACUCCAAAGCACCAAAGAGACCAGAGACGGAGUCUGGCGUCACCACCCCGCCUAAGGUGAGGUGUGUGGCCGAGAACGCCUACGAGAUAGACAGCCAAAGAAUGGGCCACUCCCACCUCCGCAAGGUGUCUGUGACAGAGUCCAACGUCCUACUGGACGAGGAGGUGCUGACUGACCCCAAAGUCCAGGCCCUGCUUCUCACUGUGCUGGCCACCCAGGUCAAGUACACCACAGACGACUUUGACCAGAGGAUCCUGUACGAGUAUCUAGCUGAAGCUAGCGUCGUCUUCCCUAAGGUCUUUCCCGUCGUCCACAACCUGCUGGACUCUAAAAUCAACACGCUGCUGUCUAUGUGCCAGGAUACCAACUUGCUGAACCCAGUGCAUGGCAUCAUUCAGAGUGUAGUUUACCAUGAAGAGUCUCCUCCACAAUACCAACCGUCCUAUCUACAGAGCUUCGGCUUCAACGGACUUUGGAGGUUUGCCGGACCCUUCUCAAAGCAGCAAACUCAGAUCCCAGACUACGCUGAGCUGAUUGUAAAGUUCCUGGAGGCCUUGAUUGACCGCUACCUGCCAGGUACAGAGGAGGAGAGGAGCGAGGAGCAGCUCCAUACCCCCACCUCGCCCUACCCCCCCGUCACCCAGAGCCAGCUCAGCAUCACCGCUAACCUCAACCUCUCCAACUCCAUGACCUCCCUGGCCACCUCGCAGCACUCCCCAGCCUCUCUGCCUUGCUCUAAGUCAGCUGUUUUUGCGCCACACCUCCUCCUCCCAGGCGUGGAUAAAGAGAAUGUGCAGCUCUCCCCCAGCGCAGCUCUCUCCACCAGUGGACGGACCCGCCAUGGCUCUGCCAGUCAGGUGCAGAAACAGCGCAGCGCAGGCAGCUUCAAGAGGCCUUGUGUCAAUAAGAUGGUAUGAGACAAAGAGAGAGAGUGAGAGAUGGAGAGAACAAAGGCCCAACAUGCAACACAUCUUGCUGCACUCCUCUUUUUACGAUGAAUGGUGAUGUCAACCUGAGGAUCAGUGUUGUAUUGGGGAAGUAGCUGCAUGUGUCCCUGUGUUAACCUUUGUUUGUCUUGCAUCUGGAGAGCCAUCGAGAGAUGGCUUCGGAUGGAUUAAGUUGUUAUUCACGGACAGAAAUGCGGUCCCGGUUUUAAAAAUAUAUUUUUAGCCAUUAAAAGGACUGAAACUGUCAAGGUGACUGAAAUAAGCUGUUGAAUUCUCAAUGAAUCCAGGUCCAUAUAUAAUGUAUUCAGUGUAAGAACUGGACAACAUAAUGUUUGGGGAGUGCUGCAUUAUGUGACAUAGGAAGAUGACUGGGCGAAUCAAUGUGAACGUCCAUGUUGAACCAUUAUGUGACAUAGGAAGAUGACUGGGCGAAUCAAUGUGGACGUCCAUGUUGAACCAUUAUGUGACAUAGGAAGAUGACUGAGCGAAUCAAUGUGGACAUCCAUGUUGAACCAUUAUGUGACAUAGGAAGAUGACUGAGCGAAUCAAUGUGAACGUCCAUGUUGAACCAUUAUGUGACAUAGGAAGAUGACUGAGCGAAUCAAUGUGGACAUCCAUGUUGAACCAUUAUGUGACAUAGGAAGAUGACUGGGCGAAUCAAUGUGAACGUCCAUGUUGAACCAUUAUGUGACAUAGGAAGAUGACUGAGCGAAUCAAUGUGGACGUCCAUGUUGAACCAUUAUGUGACAUAGGAAGAUGACUGGGCGAAUCAAUGUGAACGUCCAUGUUGAACCAUUAUGUGACAUAGGAAGAUGACUGAGCGAAUCAAUGUGGACGUCCAUGUUGAACCAUUAUGUGACAUAGGAAGAUGACUGAGCGAAUCAAUGUGGACAUCCAUGUUGAACCAUUAUGUGACAUAGGAAGAUGACUGGGCGAAUCAAUGUGAACGUCCAUGUUGAACCAUUAUGUGACAUAGGAAGAUGACUGGGCGAAUCAAUGUGGACGUCCAUGUUGAACCAUUAUGUGACAUAGGAAGAUGACUGGGCGAAU